GUUUCAAUUGCCAAAAUCUAAAAACAUUCUAUAUGUCAAAGAAUAUUAAUUUGCUGAAUAAUUGCGAAAAUACUAUCGUUGUAAUAAUAAGUAUAAACGCGAUAUUUUGCUAUAAAUAGUUAGACUCAAGUCAAUUUUGCGUUAUCAGUUUACGGUGAAAAGCAAAGUGAUGGAACUCAUACAGAAGCAUUUGUCCAAAAUUCGCGUACCAUGCGAUAAUACACCUAUCUAUAAAGAUGAGUGCAUGUAUUCAUAUGAUACGCCGGAAACUCCAACAGGACUUUACGUCAGUCUAAGUAGUUUUCUAAGCUUUGGGGAGCAGUAUGUAAAAAACUAUGCUGAAAAGACUGGAAAUGCAGUAUUCCUGCAUAUACAUCGUGUGAAGACACCGAAAAAAGGUGUCGCUGCCGCCGAAGAAAGUGGGCCGGAGCGCAAAAUCACCCGGCUAGCUAUCGGUGUUGAGGGUGGUUAUAACGACGCUAAUGAGAAGUCAUAUGAUAUUAAGGAUACUCAUAGUAUUGUAGUAAUGCCGGAUAUUGAUAAGAAAUUUCCAUUCCCUGAUGAACAGUUGCCACUGCUUGUAACUCAAUCUGUAGAGGCAUUGCUAGCACAAGAGUCUGCUAUUGCCAAAUUGGAAAAACAAACGCUAACUGGUACAUGGGAUGGAGAGGUACGUCAAGUUUCCAAAUAUGCGGAAUCUUUAAUACAAUUAGAUAAUGGUAAGAAAAUACCACCAUCUGGUUGGAAAUGCGAAAAAUGCGAUUUAACCAACAAUCUUUGGUUGAAUCUUACCGAUGGUUCAAUACUUUGUGGGCGUAAAUUCUUUGAUGGCUCCGGUGGCAAUGAUCAUGCUGUGGAAUAUUACAGAGAAAUGGGUUAUCCAUUGGCUGUUAAAUUGGGCACAAUAACAGCCGAUGGCAAAUCUGACGUUUUCUCAUAUCCGGAAGAUGACAUGGUUAUAGACCCACAGCUUGAAAAACAUCUUGCUCAUUUCGGCAUUAAUAUGGCAGCUAUGAAAAAAAGUGAAAAGUCAAUGGUGGAGUUAGAGUUGGAAAUUAAUCAACGCAUUGGUGAAUGGUCACUGUUGACCGAAAGCGAUAGUGAGUUGCAGCCACUGGCUGGUGCAGGCUACACCGGUAUGCGAAAUCUCGGCAAUUCAUGUUAUAUUAAUAGUGUGAUGCAGGUAAUAUUCACACUACCCGAUUUCAUUAAGCGAUAUGUGGGAGAAGGUUCGGAGAAAUACUUUAACGCAUUUCCAGCCGAUCCCGCUAAUGAUUUUAACAUCCAAAUGGCUAAACUUGGUAACGGUCUGUGGUCUGGCAAGUAUAGCAGCAUUUCGGAGAAUUCAUUGGAUUCCGAAAGUACUGGCAUUUCACCUGCAAUGUUUAAAAAUGUCGUUGGCAAAAACCAUCCUGAUUUUAGCACGAAACAACAGCAAGACGCUUUUGACUUCUAUCUGCACCUUAUCAAUAUAAUCGAGCGUAAUUCUCGACAUGAAGCUAACCCCAUAGAAGCACUCACAAUUAAUUUGGAGGAUCGUGUUGAGUGCAAUACUAGUAAAAAAGUAAAAUAUACACAUCGAGAUGAUUUCUGCUUGCCUUUGCAAAUACCUUUGGAGAAGGCCACAAAUUUAGACGAGGUCAAGGAAUAUUUAGAACGUAAAGCUGCCGAUGGUGCAAACCAUAGCAGCGACAAGAAUAUAGUACGUCACAAAGUACCACUACACGCGUGUUUAGAACGAUUUUUCGCAACUGAGGUGCUUGAGCAAUUCCACUCAUCGGCUGCUAACUGUAUCACCACUGCCAAAAGAUCUACGAGACUAGUAAAUAUGCCGGAUUUCCUUAUGUUGCAUUUGCGAAAGUUUACACUCGGCUCCGAUUGGGUACCCAAGAAAUUGGAUGUGUCGGUUGACAUGCCGGACGAAUUAGAUCUCAGCAACUGGAGAGCCACUGGCAUACAGCCAAAUGAGCAACCGCUUCCCGAAUCGGACGAUAAACCGAAAUUUUCUUUCGAUGAAAAUCUCAUGGGCGAACUAAUGCAAAUGGGCUUUCCACAAGAGGCCUGUAAGCGUGCUGUAUUCCAUACUAAAAAUAUUAGCCUUGAAGCUGCCUCGAAUUGGCUAAUGGAGCAUAUUGGUGAUGCAGAUAUUUCCGAACCUUUCGUUUUGCCCACUGGUGGCAUGGGCGACAGCAAAGCACUGGAUUUCGUUGCGAACCCCGAAAGUGUCGCUAUGCUAAUGAGCAUGGGCUUCGAGGAACGCCAAGCUACUAAGGCAUUGAAAGCUACGGAUGGCAAUAUUGAGCGUGCUACAGAUUGGAUUUUCUCACACGCUGAGGACAUAGACACAGAUGAAAUACCACAAGAGCAGGCCGAUAACAACGCUGGUAACACACGUAAAAAGUCAUAUCGCGAUGGGGCAGGCAAAUACAAGCUCGUAGCUUUCAUCUCACAUAUGGGUACAUCAGCCCAAGUUGGACACUAUGUGUGUCACAUUCAGAAAGAUGGACGAUGGGUAAUUUAUAACGACAGUAAAGUGGCGCUUUCCCAAAAUCCCCCAAAGGAUCUCGGUUAUUUAUAUUUAUAUAAGCGCUGUGAGUAAAUUGCAAAGACGGAUUUGGAUUACUGUGCAUUUCGAAUGAACUUGCCUUUAUUGCUACAUAUAUGGAAUUCUUAAAGUAUGACACUUAGUAUUAAAUGCAAAGAACUGAAAAAACUUUAAUACUUCAAGAAUAAAAGCUUAAUAAUGCAGUUAAAAUGAUAAUUGUUAGUCGCGACAAAUAAAAUUUCAAUCGGAUAAAUUUA